UAGUACACACAUUUCACAGUGGGGUCUGCGUAAAGAACACCUGUUCCAAGGCAGCCAGCAACCCAGCAUUGGACUUGCAGAUCUUUCUGCUGAUGAAGGCGAGCGCCUGAAGCUUCAGACACUCUCCUGAUCUCCCUCGAGUCUUUGGAUAAUAAAAAGGUGACGUUUGGGAAAAAAAUAAGAUCAAAGUUUUUGGAUUGCCCCAGCGAGCAACGUGCGAUCUAUAUUUUCUCAAGGAUUCAUGCUGAUGUAUGCAGUCUUUUAUAGAGUAAAAACAGCGCAUGCCUUUCUGGAGUCAGAUCCAUAAAUUCUGACGUAGCCUUGUUCAUCUAAAAAAAACCAAUAACGCCGGGUUUUAAGUUGCUAUGACCAUCGUUAUCUUCUUCCAAUGGAGAAACUACGAAUUUUUAUUCUCAAUGCAGCUGGAUCGCCUGAAGAUCAAACAGCCUGCUAGACCUGGGAUUAUUUAAAAACAAUAUGUUAAUGUAAGCAGAAUCGCCGGCGGCGACUGAUGGCUCCGUUAGGUGAAGUUGGGAACUAUCUUGGUGCCCAGGAUGCAAUACCUUUUGGGAAUGUGCCCGUUUUACCGGUGGAUAACCCGGUUCUCCUGAGUGAUCAUCUCGGCCAGUCCGAGGGGGGUUUGAGCAGGGGCUCAGUCACGGACCUGUCCCACUUAAAGGGGAUCCUCAGGCGGAGACAGCUCUACUGCAGGACUGGCUUUCACUUAGAGAUUUUUCCUAAUGGAACUAUCCAGGGAACCAGACAAGAUCACAGCCGAUUUGGUAUUCUGGAGUUCAUUAGUAUAGCAGUGGGCCUGGUCAGCAUUCGUGGCGUAGACAGUGGACUCUACCUCGGAAUGAAUGAGAAGGGAGAGCUAUAUGGAUCGGAGAAAUUGACGGCAGAGUGUGUUUUCCGGGAGCAGUUUGAGGAAAACUGGUAUAAUACCUACUCAUCGAAUCUUUAUAAGCAUGCGGACACUGGAAGACGGUACUUUGUUGCAUUAAAUAAAGAUGGAACCCCAAGGGAAGGGACUAGGACUAAAAGGCAUCAAAAAUUCACUCAUUUUUUACCUAGACCGGUGGACCCUGACAAAGUACCUGAAUUAUACAAGGAUGUUUUAAGCCAAAGUUGAUGAAGACAAUCCUUUAGUUUGGACCACUGAAAAGCAACCACUAUAAUGGGUUCAUGUGGUGGGUUCUAAACGAUUAGCUGUGUCAUCACAUCAGCUCUACUGUUGCCAAACUUUGUCGCAUGCAUUGUGUAUGGAGGCUUGGAUGGGACACGCUGAUUUUGUUCUGCACUUACAGUUUGUCCUCUCAGAGGUGAGCCUGUGCCCACUUGCUUGGUUGAAAAAAAUGUGUAAGAGGGAGGAAUAUAGUGAAUUGCCAAGGAGAAAGAUGGCCUGAUGCAUGCUCCAGGAUGGGACACGCUUUAAAUUUUUUUGAUCAGUUCUAUUUUGUUGUGUAUCAGCAUAGCUGCCAUACUUUGAUUCAUCAGGAUAUGGGCUGGUGACAAUGCUCAAGCCCACACUGCAUUAAUAAUGGCAUGGAGGACGCAAUCGUACGUAAAAAUGAUUUAAAAAAAGAAAAACAGACAAUUCAUCUACCAGCUCAAUGGUACUAUCCCUUAGGGCUUUAAGCAAAGACCUCUUAGUAAAGAAAACAAAAAAGUUAAAUUUAUUUAUAGAAAUUCCAAAGGCAACAUUAUAUUUAUUUUAUAUAUUUAUUUAUUAUAUAGAGUUUAUUUUUAAUGAAAUAUGUACAGGCCAGAUAGGCAUUUCGGAAGCUUUAGGCUUUGUAAGUGUAAAAAUGCCAGUGGCCACUAUGAACCUGUGGUAAGUUCAUGUGAGUUAAUGUAAAGGUGCAUGGAUAUAAAAGGAUUCAAGUAACCCCUCUGUUCUGAAAGUGACAAUCUCAUUUGUGCCCAGACUAUUGUAACACUAUGAACAGCACUCAUUAUAUUGAGGAUCAUUUUUUUGACUGCUUGUUUCCUGACUGUCUCCCUGUUCUCUGCCCUUUCCUCCUCGUCGAUUAAAGUUAAAGUUGGGUCUUCAGUUCUCCUUUGUCUCUUUUAUAUCCAAUUCUGUCAGAUGCAGUUUCACAGUUCUGGGCUUAUUCUGCAUCUCAAAAGUAAGACAACUUUAACUGUUGCUGUUGUAUGAUUUAUUACCAAAAGCCUGCAGUUUUAUAGCAGAUUUUGG